AUGCGGUACUUAUUCGCUCUCCUGGCUGGGUGUAGUGUGUUUUCAACAGUCUCAUCAUGGACCGAAAUUCAUCACAAACCAUUCCUUACCAAAAACAUUGAUGCAAUCGUUCAACCCGGCCUCUAUACUUCUCACAUGCACACAUUUUUUGGCAGUGACGCCAUUACCAACGUUUUACCAACCUCCUCUCAGCUUCAGCAGGGUUGUUACAGCGGGGAGAAUGGCAAUGAUUUUUCCGUCUACUGGAUUCCAACGCUAUACUAUGUCGAUGGCGAAACAUUUACUGAAGUUCCAAUUUUCCGAUUCAGUACCUACUAUGUCAACAGUAGGUCCGAAAUUCCCAUACCACUAGAUUUCGCAAUGAUAUCGGGGAACGCAUCUGCUCAAUCCCAAGAUGAAGUAGAUGCUCAACCAAGGAACAAUCUCGAAUGGUUCUGCGAAGGUUCGGACGAUCGCGAGCCGGAUAUCGCCAAAUUUCCCACCAAAACGUGCAACCAGAAUCUCAAACUAUCUCUUGUCUUUCCCAGCUGCGUCAAUACCGAUGACAUUUCACAGUACGACUUUCCUGAUCAGUCUGGAAAGUGCCCUGCGGGCAUGAAAGCUAUUCCUCAACUUCGAUAUGGUGUCUGGUACAACACCAAAUCCGUGGCACCUGGAGGCUGGGAUGGUGACGCGCCAUUCCAGUUAUCAUGCGGCGCCGCUUCUGGCAAUGGAUAUUGUGGCCACGGAGACUUCAUUAAUGGAUGGUUCCAAGAUUCUUUGGACAAUAUGAUGAUACGCGGUGGCGGUGGCUAUAAUGAUGGACAGUUCAUCUCCGGUGCGCAUGCAAGUGCACUUGGAGAAUCUACUUGCACUCCCACCGACGCUGACCCCGACAAAGGUACUAGCGAUUACCUUGAGAGCUUGGAAAUGAUGUAG